AUGCCACAAACAGCAAAAGCAACAGCGGACGACACUUCGCCGCCGCCCAAAAUUGAACCUGAGCCUUUGGAAGUCAAGAAGCCUGGUUUCUUUUCGCGACGACGGAUUUUGGGACCUGUUGACAAGGAAUAUGGAGAUUAUGCGUUGUUGGUGCAUUCAUUUGUGACUGGGCUGGUUGAUGCGGCGUCGUUCGCCAAUUGGGGUGUUUUUGUGGGAAUGCAGACUGGCAACACUGUGAUUCUAGGCCUCUCAACUGCUGGUCUGCCGGAUAAUCCUCACGCCUGGACAACCACCCUGGUCUCUCUGGCUUCUUUCCUCCUCGGCGCCUUCCUCACAUUCCGCAGCACAAAUCUCAUUUGUCCCAAAGGCAUCACUGGCAACCGUCUCUGGCUCAGCACAAUCCUCCUCAUCCAAGCCCUUCUCAUCAUUAUCUCUGCAGCCAUCGUCAGCGCAAAUCUCGUCCCUCACAACCGCCCUGGCUACCCUGAUGACGAGCACAAAAGAGGCGUCAUCACCAAUAUUCUUAUUGUCAGUUUAUUCCCACCUCUAGGCUUUCAAUCUGGCAUGCAGAUUGCCACUAGUCGCUUGUUGGGCUACAACGAGUUGCCGGUCAAUGUCUUGACCAGUACCUACUGCGACUUGAUGGGUGAUGCUAAGUUGUUUGCUCUGCAUAAUGUCAAAAGGAAUAGAAGAGCUGCAGCUGUGGUAUUGUUGUUUGCGGGUGCUGUUAUCAGUGGGUGGCUUAUGCGCAGUCGAGGUGGUUUGCAGAGUGUGCUGUGGCUUGCUGCUGGAAUCAAGCUGCUGGUCGCGAUAAUCUCGUUCACCUUCCAUCCUAGCAAGACUGAUUGA